UCGGUCAUAUACAUCGCUUACUGGUUACGACUUUCGUAUGCUAGCUGUUGCCUGUUUAUGAUCUCCCAUUUCCCCCAAUUUCCAUUCAAUUCCAUUCCUCCAUUCGAGAGAUAAGCCCUAAACCUGAAUUCCAGAAGCUUCAUGGGGCCUGUAAACUUCGUCAAGGGCUAUGGCAUGGUAGUGAAUCCCGUAGAAGAAGAUGAGGUCUCAGUUUCUAAGCGCAAAGCCUCGCGGAGACGCCGCAGCUUCAUCGCCAUUGCCGUCUCCCUCGCCGUCUUCCUCACUGUGAUCGUCGCCGCGGUGGUCGGCACGUUGGUACACCGCUCCCACUCGGAGCGCGGCGGCGGAGAUUCGCAUCCGUCUCCGUCGUCAUCGUCUCCCUCGACAUCAUCAUCGCCGCCGCCGCCGGUUUCCUCCAACAACUCCACCGCCCUACUCGCCGCCGUGUGCGCGGUGACUCUGCACCCGGACUCCUGCCUCUCUUCCAUGUCUCCGUUCCCCGCCCCGCCCAAACCCGACCCGGAACACUUCCUCAACGUCUCCCUGCGGGUCGCCAUUGACGAAUUGGCGAACGUGUCCUCGCUCCCCAAGUCCCUGAUGUCGAAGGUCAACGAACGCGCCGCCCGAUCGGCUCUGGAGGACUGCGAUGGCCUGUUCGACGACGCGCAGAGUCAACUCAACGAGUCAGCCGGGUUUAUGAACUCGGGUCCCGGAAACCUCACCCUCGCCCUCACCCCUUUCCAGAUCAACAGCAUGCAGACGUGGAUAAGUGCGGCGAUGACGGAUGAGGACACGUGUCUUAAUGGGCUGGAGGAUGUGAAUUCGACGGUGAUAGGCGAGGUCAAAGCGAGGGUGCACAAAUCGAAUGAGUACAUGAGCAACACCUUAGCGAUCCUCAAUCACCUACAAAGCCUUCACGAGAAGUUUGGUGUUCUAAAGCAUUGAUGCUCUUUGGCCUGUUUCUUGCAUUGAAUUGACUUGUCUUUUUUUUUUUUUUUUUUGGUCUUGUACAAUCUCUAUAUUUUACUAUUUUAGAUAUAUGCUGGUACGCGUAGUAAGUGAAUAGAAGCUUCUGCAUUUGUUUGGUGAAAAUGUAAAACAUUUUCGUUUUGUACCA